CCGGCGGUUCGAUUACUUUUCAAGCAACUUACGAAAACACCGUCGGGGGAAACGUUUGUCUUUGUGCUGUUAGUGUGGAUAUUACCGCCACACACGGAGGUAUUUUGACAACCACUUCAAGGAUACGGAUAAACUUUUGAGUAUGGAUCCACACACGGGCAACUCUGCCUCAGCAGCCGGUCCAAAGAAGGACAAGAAAUCAAAGAAGAACUACAAAGAAGAGGAUGGAGACGGGAAAAAGAAAUUUAAACUCAAACGGCUGAUUCCUGAUGAGCUGGAGCGUUUCACCAGCAUGAGGAUGAAGAAGGACAAGGAGAAACCUGGCCAUACGCAGGGACAGCGUCACUCUUCGGCUGCCAGCUAUGAGAUCAGUGCUCAGUCUGCCAUUCUACAUGAUCAUUCUGAUGAAUAUGUCCUGGAGCUCUUUGAACAGAUGCUGGUGGAUAUGAAUCUGAAUGACGAGAAGCAGCAGCCUCUAAGAGCGAAAGACAUCAUGAUCAAGCGAGAGAUGGUGUCUCAGUACCUCCACACAUCUAAAGAUGGCCAAAACCAGAAGGAGAGCUCCAAAUCAGCCAUGAUGUACAUCCAGGAGUUGAAGUCAGAUUACAGAGACACACAGCUGCUCAGCUGUCUGGAAUCUCUACGAGUCUCACUCAACAACAACCCUGUCAGUUGGGUGCAGAACUUUGGAGAUGUGGGCCUGGCCCUGCUACUGAGUCUACUAAGAAGACUCCAGGAAGAGAAAGACGAGUAUCCAAUGAUGGGAGUGAAAUGCCAGCACGAGAUAAUUCGAUGUCUAAAAGCCUUUAUGAACAACAAGUAUGGUCUAAAAUCCAUGCUGGAGUCAGUUGAGGGAAUUCCUCUGCUGGUCAGAGCCAUCAACCCUACUGUGCCUCACAUGAUGGUGGAUGCCGUCAAGCUUCUUUCUGCCAUCUCCAUCUUGGAACAUCCUGAAAACCUCCAUGAACGUGUUUUGGAGGCCAUGACGGAAGAAGCUGAGAAACGGGAUAUUGAGAGGUUUCAGCCUCUUCUCACUGGCAUGAACAUUCCCAUCAUCGCUCUUAAGGGUGGCUGCAUGCAGCUAAUCAAUGCCCUGAUCAGCCGAGGAGAAGAGUUGGACUUCAGGAUCCAUAUUCGCUCUGAGCUGCUCAGACUGGGACUCAGAGACCUGCUGAUGGAGGUGAGGGAUAUAGAAAAUGAAGAGCUGAGGGUGCAACUUACGGUGUUUGACGAGCAGGCUGAAGAUGACUCUGAGGACCUCAAAGUGCGCCUUGAUGACAUCCGCAUUGAGAUGGAUGAUGUGAGGGAAGUGUUUGAGAUCUUGGUCAACACCGUGAAGGACUCCAAAGCUGAAAACCACUUCCUGUCCUUGAUGCAGCACCUGUUGUUGAUCCGUAAUGACUAUUUGGCCAGGCCUCAGUACUACAAGGUGAUAGACGAAUGUAUCGCUCAGAUCGUGCUUCACAGAAAUGGAGCGGACCCUGACUUCAAGUGUCGUAAUCUCAGCCUCAACGUUGAAGGCUUGAUAGAUAACAUGGUGGACCAGACCAAGGUGGAAACCAGUGAAGCUAAGGCUGCUGAGCUGGAGAAGAAGCUUGAUGCAGAGUUGACGUCACGCCACGAGUUACAGGUGGAGCUUAAGAAACUGGAGGGUGACUAUGAGCAGAAGCUACGGGACCUGGGCCAAGAGAAGGAACAGCUGGCUUCUUCUAAGCAGGAGCAAGAAAUGGAAAACCAGGGACUGCAACAACAGCUCAGCACUCUGAAUCAGCAGAUUGAUCAGCUGUCUAAGGAUCUGGAGGAGGCCAAGACUAAAGUUGUCACGGUUACUGUUCCUGUCCCUGUCCCAACACCUGGUUUUCCUCCUCCUCCACCCGCCCCUCCUCUCCCUGGCCAGAGUGUUGGUGUGCCCCCUCCACCUCCACCCCUACCAUGCCAUGCAGCCAUUCCCCCGCCCCCACCCCCUCCUCCUUUACCAGGUCAAACUGGUAUUUAUAUACCUCCACCACCUCCUUUACCAGGCAUGCCAGGACCUCCACCAGCUCCGCCUCUUCCUGGCAUGCCAGGACCUCCACCACCUCCGCCUCUUCCUGGAAUGGCAGGACCUCCACCACCUCCGCCUCUUCCUGGCAUGGCAGGACCACCACCACCUCCGCCUCUUCCUGGCAUGGCAGGACCACCACCUCCGCCACCCUUACCUGGGGGUCCUGGUAUCCCACCUCCACCACCAGGCCCAGGCAUGCCUCCACCUCCACCGUUUGGCAUGGGAGGCUGGGGUGCCCCUGCACCACCUUCAUUGCCCUUUGGGCUCCAGCCUAAGAAGGAGUACAAGCCUGAGGUCCAGCUGAAGAGAGCCAACUGGAGCAAGAUCGAACCAAAAGACCUCUCUGAGAGCAGUUUCUGGACCAAAGUAGAAGAGGAACGAUUUGAAAAAGAUGAGCUCUUUGCCAAACUCACCUUGUCCUUCUCCUCGCAGACAAAGAGCUCUAGAGGUAAGACUCUCACAUACACACUUCUAUUUGUUUUUUUCACACGUCUUCUCUAGCCUUCUUUUUCUCCUCCCUUUCUUUGCUUGGAGGACACACAGCACAUUUACAUUAUUCAGCGAUGCUGUGUCAAAAAAAGACCCUCACAUGAGUUUAUGAAUAAACCACCCACACCUGUGUUUGCUCAUCUUCUCAGUAUGCCUGAGUUGUGCAGAGACAGAGUACUUACAUCCGGGUGAGAUGAAUUGGGACUUUGGGACAGAGGGAGAGAUGGAUAGAGGGAUAAGGAGAAGGUCACUGUUGUCCUUUGACUAGCCACCUGCUGUUCUGGCACAAAGCGCUGACACACGGGCAUACAUUCACAUAUGCACACCUGUCCACUCUUAUCACCUUGUCCCAGUGUCACUGAGCCUUCUGCUCUAACUCUUCCAUAUUCAUAUCAUAACCAAGAUACCAGGAACUCUGAGACAUACAGAGUGUGGGUGUGUAUAUAAUUUCAUCUGACCUUCAGAUUCAGGCUCCGUACACAAACACACACAGACUCGCUUGUGUCGUAUACAUCAACAGAAGUGCGCAGGCACACAUGGCUGACAUUAGCUGUAGAUGCCAUCUAAAUGUCAGUGUUGGCAGCUGUCCCAUCUGCAUUCACCUGUAUUGCAAGUCAAACUUCUGCUUGCCAUUCCUUAAUUUGACCCCUCUAACACCCACCCUCCGCCCCCCUGGCCUGUGCACCCACACUUUCCCUUUUUAUUGGCUGAGACAGCAGCCUGUUCUGGUUGAUGUCUAAUAACCUUUUCUGAGAGCUCACUAUAAAGACACUGUGGCCUUUUCAUAGACCCACCCCUGUCUGUGUGUCAACUUGUGUGGAUGUGUGUGUGUGUGUGUGUGUGUGUGUGUGAGAGAGGGGGAGAGCAAGAGAGACCUAGUGUUUACUGUUCUGUCUGUGUUUGUUUACUGUGCGUGUUUUGAAUAUGUUGAAGUCAGUCAAUCAUUAGUUGAAGCAGAAUUCAGAUUUUG